AUGGCGGUGAAAAGUUGCUCAAGAAAAUUAAUACAGGAUUACAAAUCCGAAAUAUUUAAUAAAGCGAACGAUGUCGUCAAGAUUUUCAGCAGGAAAGCUAAACUUCCAGCGAUUGCUCAAGAACCGGGGACUAUAUACCGUAAAAGCGUCGUUUCUGACCAUCUGAACAGCGAAAUUCAUCGCGAAGCAAAAAAGACAAAGAGAUUGUUGUCUUUGAAAGGACCGGAAAAGCUUCAUAUGACGUCAUUGACACCAAUUGGAAGGGCAUUAUCGAUCGCAGAUGCACAAUUGGCUGCGAAAGUUGCUAGCUUAUUUUUUCACGUUUACCAUGGUGAUAAGAGACUUACUUUGUCUGCCAAUUCUUUCCCUUCACGUGUGGUUGUAAGCCGAAUAGCAAAUGCGUUUUCUUUUGAUGAUUGGAGUAUAAACGGCAUGCCUAAUGAUCUCCAAUACCUUUCACCAAACGCACACAGCGAAUUCCUCAAAUGCAUUGUAAAGACAGAUAGAAAUUCACUUGCUUCAAAGAUGUCAAACUCGUUGGCCAUCUCCUUAAGAUGUGACGGAUCGGUUGAUAGAACGCAGAUAGAUAAGAUAUAUUUAAUGGCUAAGGCCAUAUCUAGAGACGGAAAAGAAAACAAUAUCUUUCUCGGCGCGGGAGAGCCAAAAGAAAGAGGAGCAGUUGGGGUUCACAAGGCUAUACUUUCGGCAUGUUCAGGAACCCUUGGCGAAAAUACCGAAGGUGAAGAAGAAGCUUUGUUGACUCAAAGCAAGAAAGUGUUUCAACGUGCUUCUUCUUUUGUUACUGAUGGUGCAUCAGUAAAUACUGGAGAAAAAAAUGGUCUUUGGGCUUUGAUUGAUCGUGAUUUCAACCUUCCUUUGGGCGAUGAAGUACCAACACCGAUGAUAAAAAUUUGGUGCGCUGCUCAUCGUUCGCAGCUGGCCUGGAAAUCUGUCACCAAUUCAGGAAGUAAGCCAUUUAAUUCAGCAGCUUUCAAGCAUAUCCACAUUUUUCCAUGCAUCUGGCAUCCGGACACGUGAACUUAUUGAUGCUGCAAAUGCUGAGGGCUGCUGCGUGUUAUCAUUACCUCGUGUCUUCGAAGUUCGUUGGACAGAAUUCACAUCGUCGUUAAUAGAAGUGGUCUUGAGAUCUUGGCGUGCUCUUGUUACCUAUUUCAAAAAAAGUAAUGAGAAAGAAGCUGCAGGUUUCUUGUCUUUUUUAACCAAAAAAAAAACAAUCUUGACCUGCUGACCUUCAUUGCAGAUUUGCUUUCUGUAUUUUCACGAUACCAGCAACAACUACAAUCGGACUCUGCAACACUAAUUGACAUGGACAGAUACACAUCCAAUGUGAAGGCAAAGGUGUUAGGAUUAAAAGAAACGGCUCUCCUCGGUGGAUGGGUUGAAGCUCUAAGCGAGCAAGUUUCAGAGGAAGAAGAUGGCACCGUUUCUUUAAGGGGAGUCGAAUUAAGCAGUGGAAAUGCAAGGCGCCGUCGACACAUUCAUCAUCUUUACGUCACUGAUACAAGGGACAUUGAUGCAAUUAAGAAUGAAAUCAUCGAGUCUCUGAAAGAAUUUUUAACGCAAAGGUUUUUGGACCAAGAAGAUGACAUUGAUCUGUUAAAGCCAUUUGUAAAUUUACAACAGUCAGUGGAUUUGAAGGAGGUCCACAAGCAAUUCUUCAAAGAUCUAGACUUAAUGGAACUUGGUAUGGAAUAUGAUGAUGUUCUUAGCAUGGAAGAUAUAGAGCAUUUCAGAAAGCUAUCACUUAGGGAACGAUUCCAAAGGUUUGUCCAGUCCGAAGAGCUGCCUAACCUCAAAGUUGCAUUUGCAAGGAUUCUUGCAGCCAAGCCACAUAGCGCAGAUGUAGAACGUCUGAUCAGCUGCAGUGUGGCACUGAAGUCUUCUGGUCGUAGUCGAAUGCUCCUUGAAACCGAAAACCUCAAUUUGUAUGUGCAUUAUAACAUGCCGUCGUUGGAUCAGUGGGAUCUCAAGGGAAUAUUCUCGGAAGCUGCGAAACUCGAAGAGAAGUUGGCAGAUUGUGAAGAGGAACCAGCAAAGAAAAAAAAGAAAACAUUUUAG